AUGAGGUGGUUGGUGAUGGCCAUAGCUGCAUUUGCGACAUCUGAAGCGUGUCUGUUCAACCUUUUUGGUGGUGGUGGUGGAGCUGGUGCUGCCGGAGGUGCUGGAUGUGCAUGCGCACCAGCACCUGCUCCUUGUUCAUCUGGAUGUGGCGGUGGUGGUGGCGGCAUUGGUGGAUGCGGAGGUUCCGCAGGCGGUUGUGGCGGUGGUAUUGGCGGAGGUGGUAUUGGCGGCAUUGGUGGAUGCGGAGGUUCCGCAGGCGGUUGUGGCGGUGGUAUUGGCGGAGGUGGUGGUGGAUGCGGAGGGGGAGCAGUUCUUCCCCCGCCAGCUUCUUCAUAUGCUGUGGCACCUCCUCCACCAAUGCCUUCCUACGCAGCUCCACCACCACCAGCACUCCCACCACCACCAGCACCUGUGGCACCACCUCCACCUGCUUUCCCACCACCGUCUGCACCAAUGGUACCACCUUCUCCUGCAUAUCCGCCACCAUCAGCACCAGUAGCACCAGCACCACUUCCAGCAGCUCCUCCUCCAGUGGCGGCUGUCCCAGAAGCUGCUCCUCUACCUGCGGCUCCAGUUUCUGCUCCAGUUGGAAUGGGAUCGGGAGCAUCUUAUGCUGCCGGCGGCCCAGGUCCUGGAGCUUUUUCCGGUGGUCCAGGUGGUGCUGCCGCCCCUGUUGCUGCCUCUCCGCAAAUCAUAAUCGUCCCUAUCUCUAGUGGUGCACUUACUGGUGGAAUAGGAUCGGGAGCAGGAUUCGGCGGAGGACCGGGAGCAGACGGCUUUGGUGGAGGCCCUGGAGCAGGUUUUGGAGGAGGACCAGGAGGAGGAUCCUAUGCGUCAGCCGGAUCAGGCUUCGGAGGAGGACCGGGAGCAGGUUUCGCAGGAGGACCCGGAGGAGGUUUCGGAGGAGGACCAGGAGCGGGCUUCGGUGGAGGACAGGGAGGAGGAUCCUAUGCUUCAGCCGGAGGCUUCGGUGGAGGACCUGGCUCAUUUGGACCAUCAGUGGGAGGAAGUGGAGGUUUCGCGAAAGCAGGAGAUGACUCCUCUGGGAAGAGUUACGAGAGUUACUCUAGUAGUGGAUACUUUAGUGGCGGAUGUAAGAGCUACGGUGGAGGCUACGGUUGCUACGACAAAGGCUAUGGCGGUUACGCUCGUCCUCCUCCACCUCCACCACCACCACCUCCACCACCACCGCCACCUCCACCACCACCUCCACCACCACCAAGUGGAUACGCCACUCCACCAAGGGACUAUCCACCGCUAGAUCCUCCACCACUCGACCCUCCUAGCUACAACAACUACCGCUAUUCACCACCAGCGCCGCCACCGCCACCGCCACCACCUCCGCCACCACCACCGCCACCUCCAGCACCACCAGCACCACCGCCACCACCGGAACCAUAUUCGAUUUCGAAGGGAGAAUCGUAUUCAUCAAACAGCAUUGGUGGUAAUCCGCCAUCAUCAAACUACGUUUCCCAGUCUUCUUCUUAUAAUCUGCCUCCAGAAGUUCGCAGAUCGCGUGUGAGAGUUUACUGA